CAAAAGGAGGCCUACCACGCCAACUUCCGAAGAGAGCAUUUCACAUUUCACAGCAAUAAAUGAGCGCAUAUGGAGCCUAUUGACGCCUCUGUUAGUAGAGAAAUGAGCAACUGGUUGUGAGCCACACAUACGGCCUGAUCCACUCUGGGCAAGCUUUGAGAUACUGCAAUUGGAAACACGAUAAACAAUCAUGUCAAUACACACACCAAACCCCCAAUUCACGGAAGAUGACGUGCAUAAGAGCCAGGACACGUCGAAGAAGGAGAUGUGGUCCUCUAUGUUGGACAGUGUAGCUAGUGGAAAGCGCCUUCCAGAGAGGAAUGUUUUUGUUCUAGGAGGCUCGUCUGAGAGCCAAAAAGAGUUCUUGGAGGCCCUAUCUUCGGAAUCAUCAACGAAAAGAUCCCAGGGCCGGCAUGGAAACAGGAAGCCGCCUGUGGCAAACGAUUUUGCACUUGGGUAUACCUACCACGACGUUCUGGACGCUGACCAUGAGGAUACCAUAGCCCGGCUGUCCUUGUACUUGUUGGCAGAUUCAUCUCCAACCUUCACUCCGCUCUUGCGGUCGCUCCUCACACCCGAGUCAAUACCAAAUACCUUGAUUGUCGUUUUACUCGACUGGUCUGAGCCAUGGCUCUGGUUGCAACAAUUGAGGGACUGGGUGAAGUUACUGCGGGUAUUACUCGUCUCACUGAGUCCUGAGUGCAAGGCCAAGAUGGAAGAAGUCAUGAUCCGCUGGCGUGACAGAGGAAAGGGAACGGCAUUGGAUGGUGGAAGUUCUCUUUCAUCUGAAGGUGAAGUCAGUCUGCCCCUAGGUCCUGGAGAAUGGGAGGAUGCAUUAGGGCUGCCAUUGUGUGUCGUUUGUCAGAAUUCCGACGAAAUGGAGACACUGGAAAGGGAGAGUGCCUGGAAGGAAGAAGAGUUCGACUUCGUUUUGCAGACGCUGCGAACCAUAUUACUUAAACAUGGCGCCUCUCUCAUAUAUACAAUACCUUCUGCGCCAAGUCAACUCCGACCUCUGAUACACUCGUCACUUGGUAUUCAACCACUAUUAAAAAAACUGACUUUGAAGCAUAACGUCAUCGAUCGGGAUAAGGUUGUUGUUCCGCCAAAUUGGGACUCUUGGGGAAAGAUCCGAGUUCUCAGAGAUGGUUUCGAUGUCGAGCGAAUGAGCCAAGGGUGGACUUGUGACAUUGAGGAAGAUCCAGUAUACACCAGCAAAAAAAAGAUGGAAAGUGAUCAGAGCGAGCCCCGAACGGAUUCCCAAACAUCUGGGGGACGUUUGAGUGCCAUAUCCACCUACGAAGAGGCUAUCCGAGAUCCUCGACGCGAUGGCGCUUCCAAUAUGCACGUCAACUCCACCGGCCAGAAAUUAGAGAUUAAAAGCCAGGAAACGCAAGCAUUCCUAACCGCCCAGCUCGAGGCUCUAGAUCAUAUCCGUAACACUGCAGAACCUGAGCGAGAGCGCUCGACUAGGCAGAAAUUCUUCCAGGAUGAGGCUAUCGUUCCAGUUGAAAGCCACAUUGGGCCUGUACAAUGUAACAUGGGGGGUAUCGAAGUCGACGUAGAUGAUAUGCUCAAACGAUUAACGGACCACAACCGGAACUUGGACACGGAAACUCCCAGCGUGUCAACACCAGAUGGAAAGUCCCAAAACGAGGCAUUGGCAUCGUUCUUUGCAGGUCUAGUGAAAAGAGGCGGGGGUAGCGCAGCGAAUAGCCCAAAGCCGGGGGGGGUAUAACAAAUCGGCGUUCGUUGUCCUACUAUUAGUUUUGUUAGAUUGCUGGCGGUCGAUUCAUGAUACCCUCGGAAAUAUGUCUUGUGUGCAGCUAAUCAAUCAAAUGCCGAU